GUCCUUGACAUGGCCACCGAAGCACGCUGGCAAAGCAUCUACACUAGGUCCGAGCGACGCUUUCGCUACUAUCUUGGAAUUCCAUUACGCACAGAGAACAACAUCAACAUCGGAGCAUUGUUUUUGCUGGAUUCCCGUCCGCGGCCUCAUAUGGACACGCGCCAAAUGAAGGGCCAAGGUUCGAAUCUGGCAGGCUCUUCACAGCUGCUGACUCCUAAUCUAUCUCGUCAGUCAUCUGCUGUCGAGUCCAGUGGCGGUUUGCCUUCAGGAUCGAUAUCCACGCUCACGACCGGAUGCAACCCCCGAUUUGCUGCAUAUCAGACUGUGGAUGUGUCCGUAGCUGGGCUUCACUCCAGCGCUGAUCAAAUUCAGAGCACACAGACCGACUCUGCAUCCGUCAAACCAGGUCGUGAACAGACUUUCGAAGGUAUAGCGCGCGGGCUUGGCAACGGCGCUGCGCCGUCUCAGGAGUUGGAGGAAUCACGGGGGCGACAAGCUUCGCGUGAGGCGAGGUCAUCUAGCUCGGGAAUCAGUCCUUCGAAGCCAAGCGCCACGGAAGCAGGCCAACAGAGCGUGUUCGAUCGAGCGGCGUACCUCUUGCGAGAAGCUCUCGAUCUGGAGCCUCACGCAGGAGGCGGCGUAGUGCUCUUCGAUACGAAUGCACUCGCAGACAAUGCACGACCGACUGUGCUCAGUGCUAGCUCGGACUAUGGCGAUCCACGUCGUAUGGAACUGCCCCAGCGAAACUCAUUCGAGUCUGUCACCGGCACAGGUGUCGGGGCAGCAAGAUCUGCGUACAGCGGUGCUAUACGAGAGCGUGUUGUUCUGGGCGCAGCGUCCAUCAACCGAUCCAGCGGUCGCCCGCCAGCCAACUUCGGCCGUGCAGACACUACCUUCAAGGUCACUUUGACCCCACCCGAACUGCAACGCAUGUGCAGGAGACAUCCACGAGGCCGCCUGUACAAUAUCCCAGACAACACAGGCACUACCUUGUUCGACUACGAAGGUCGCCACGUUUCCGGUGCACUUUCUGCUCAACUGUAUGAAAUGGUCCUCAUCCGGCGCCAAUUUCCGGAUGCGAAACAAGUCAUCUUCAUUCCCAUCUUCCACGCCAAUGUCAACCGUUGGACUUCCUGUUUCGCCUUCACCACCUCUCGAUAUCGCGUUUUCUCGCAUGAGAUGGACUAUCUUCCCAUGCUAUCAUUCUGCAGUGUUGUCAAAGCCGAGAUGGUCCGCCUCGGGACUUUCGUGGCCGACGAGCAGAGAGGCGAUUUCAUUGGAUCCGUUUCUCAUGAGUUGAGAAGUCCGCUGCACGGAAUUUUGGCCUCCAUCGAGUUAUUGCAAUCGACGGACUGCGAUGGUUUUCAAAGGUCUUGUGUGGACACCAUGGACGCCUGCGCCCACACACUGCUUGACACAAUCUCAAUGGUACUCGACUACAACAAAGUGAGCAACAUACGACGAGCCUCUGCUUCUUCAUCGAAUGAUUCUGCGCACCGGGACUCCAAGAUGCCUACCACGACCAAUCUACGCCAGGAGCCACUGUUUGUAACGGAUCAGUCUGUUGAUGUUGCUUUAUUGACGGAAGAGGUUGUCGAUGGAUUAGCAAUGGCCCACCUGGCCAAGGUCCGGACACACAUGGACUUCGACGAUACAUCUCCAUCGUUCAACGGAACAUUGCAUGAUGUUGGGGUACGACCCAGCAUGAAGCGAGUUCUGAACGCCAUGAGACCGCAGGUCGAAAUGAUACUCGACAUUCAAGGCACGACGGACUGGUACUAUUCGACUCAGCCGGGAGCGAUUCGGCGAAUCGUGAUGAAUUUGUUCGGCAAUUCGCUGAAGUACACCAAGCACGGGAACAUCACUGUCUCGCUACGUACGUCUCGCGUUCAAAGAUCUGCGGAUCCGUCGGCCAGGUCUGCAGAGGAAACGCCGUCCAUCAUCAAGAUCAUUGUGAAAGACACAGGGCAUAGCAUGUCCCCAGAAUAUCUCAAGACUAAAUUGUUCACCCCCUUUGCCCAAGAGAACGCCAAAGCAGCAGGUACUGGGCUUGGCCUACCUAUUGUCAAAGCGAUUGUCAAUAUGCUUCACGGUGAGAUUGACAUCAAGUCCAUCGUCAACGUUGGCACUGUCGUGGUGGUCACUAUACCGAUGAAGAAAACAACAUCUGGCGUCACACGUGGUCGAACUGCCAGCCCCUCUUCUAGAGCUCAAACUGCUGGACAUUUCACGAAGGACUCGAUCAUCUCUGAGCUUCAAUCCCUAGAGGCCCCACCGCAGACUGCCAUUUACGAACCUGCUAUGGAAUUUGACAGCUUUGGUCAGACACAAGGCGCCGCCGCCGUUCACUCCGCUCUUGCCCAAUACUUGACCGGAUGGUUCGGCUGGCCUGUAAUGCAGACAUGGGACUUCGACAUUCCGGCUCAGAUCCUUUUAGUGGAUGAGAUGCACUUAGCUACGUUACUCGCCCAGCGACCGCUCUUCCUGGAAACGCUCUCCCGACAAAGCAUCAUCAUUCUUUGCGCCAAUCCCUCUCGACAAGCCAUCAUGUCGAGAGAUAUCCGCAGUAGUCAAGUCGAGGCGGUUUGCAAGCCGUUUGGUCCCCACAAACUCGCCAAAGCGCUCAGCCGGGCACUUGAGAAGUCUUUGAACCAGCCUACGGAUGCACAACGUGCGCUCUCGCCGCAUUGUAGAUACUUUUCCGCAAGAAACAGCGAGCAGAGCCCAGGCAAUUCCCGAGCAUCCUCACGAGCCAGUGCAAACACCGACUAUUCUGGUGUAGCUGGCAGUAUAAAUGACACUCAGCACCGACAUCUUCAACAAAGUCGACGUGGUUCAUCGUCUCAGCGAAUACCAUUCAGGAGCUCUUUGGAAGCCUCCAAGCAACAUUUCAAGGAAGUAAGCGCUGGAACAGAUGGUGGCUUCCCGUUCCCAAACAGCAGUGAGGGUAGAGGUCAGCCUCAGGAGACUCGUCAGGACGAGUCUCCUAUUUCGCCGAAUACCCAACCUCUGCAGAAGAAGUAUGAGGAUAGGCCGGCAUUCUUAUCGCCUCCAUCAUUUACCUGGACUUUGGAAAGAGAACAGAACAAAGGCAAGACCGAGGAUAGCCGUGCUUCUCGAGAUGCUCCAGGGACAGAAUCAGCUUUGAGUUCCAGACAUCUGGUGAGCACCUCCGGCCAUAGUGAAGAACUCGCUACCAGUCUUGUUUCGCUGCCGCGCGAGAAAAAGAAAUCCGAAAUGGAGAUCUUUAACUCAGCGUCCCAAGCAGCCCCUUUCCACAGCACGACCACUGGAUCCACGGAUCUCUGGACCGCGCCCUCGUCUCCUCAAACCCGCAGGCCACGGCUUCUUCUUGUCGACGACAAUAAGCUGAACCUUCAAUUGCUUCACACGUUUGUUAAGCAACGCCAUUACGGAGAAGAUCUCUGCCAACUCGCGGAAGACGGCUCGCAAGCCGUCACGGUGUUUGACUCCUUCGCGCCCGAUAUUGUGUUCAUGGACAUAUCCAUGCCCGUCAUGGAUGGCAUUGAAGCCACACGCUGCAUCCGCCGGAUCGAAGCCAGCCGGAGGGACAGUGACAAAACUCCGGUUGACGAAAGUGGGCCUCGGCCUCCCAAACCUGCGCUUGUGGUGGCCUUGACGGGGAAUGCGAAGGGCAGCGAUCAGGCAGAGGCUUUGAAGUCUGGAGUUGAUGUGUACAUGACGAAGCCAUGCUCUUUCAAGCGCGUCGGGCAACUGUUGGACAACUGGAGGGAGGAAGACAGGCCUUGA